CGCAGCCCCCCUCGGCACAGGCGCCGCCGCGGGGCCCGGCGGAGGAUGGUGCGCGGCGCGCCCGGGGCUCCCCGCCGCCGAAGCCGCAGCGCCAAGGCAGGAGCGGGCCGCGGCGCGCAGCCGACCCCCGCACCGGACGAGGGGCGAGCGGCCGCCGCGGUGAGGCGCCCAGGGCGGCGCGGGCGCAGCGGCCAUGGGGGCCCUGACCAGCCGGCAGCACGCGGGCGUGGAGGAGGUGGACAUCCCGUCCAAUUCCGUGUACCGCUACCCGCCCAAGUCCGUGCAGCAUACAGAAUCCCUACCAGAAAUCGGACUGAUGCCCCCUGCAUUGGAAGCUUGGCGUCUUAACUGCUGGACCAUCAGGGCAGUCCCUGGAUUAUAGUAUUUGAGCCCCAAAGGAACCUUGCAGAGAAUCUGGCCCCUGAUCCAUUCAUUUGGCGGACGUGUGAGAUCUUAGUUCCCUGACCAGGGAUCAAACUCUUGACUCUACACUGGAAAACAAGAGUCAACCACUGCACCUCCAGGGAAGUCCUGUCCUGGUAUAUUAUUACUGAACAGUGCUAAUCUGGAAGAAGAGUACUAGUGUAAUUUUCUUCCCUUGAAGCUAUUUUGCCAGCCACUUCAUUAUGGGAGGAGAGAAGUUUGAUUCAACUCACCCUGAAGGCUACUUGUUCGGAGAAAACAGUGAUCUGAACUUUCUGGGGAACAGACCAGUGGCGUUUCCUUAUGCAGCGCCCCCUCCCCAAGAACCAGUGAAGACUCUGAGAAGCCUGAUCAACAUCCGAAAGGACACCCUGAGACUCGUCAAAUGUGCCGAGGAAGUGAAGACCCCUGGGGAAGAGGCGGGCAGAGCAAAGGUCCACUACAACGUGGAGUUCACCUUUGACACGGAUGCUCGGGUGGCCAUCACCAUCUAUUACCAGGCCACCGAAGAGUUCCAGAAUGGCAUCGCCAGCUACAUCCCCAAAGACAACAGCCUGCAGUCGGAGACGGUGCACUACAAGCGCGGGGUCUGCCAGCAGUUCUGCCUGCCCUCACACACCGUGGACCCCUCCGAGUGGGCGGAAGAGGAGGUGAGCAGCCGGCCGGCGGAGCGGACCAGCCGCCGGGAGAAAGCGCAGGGCAGGUUCCACGCACAGACCCGCAGGGUGUGGGAGCUCCUCGGGACCCCGGCCGGCAGCACAGAACCAGCCCAGCUUGGCUUCGACCUAGACAGGGAGGUUUACCCGUUGGUGGUCCACGCCGUGGUGGAUGAAGGCGAUGAGUAUUUUGGCCAUUGCCACGUCCUGCUGGGCACUUUUGAAAAGCACUCAGAUGGCACUUUCUGUGUCAAGCCCCUCAAACAGAAACAAGUGGUGGAUGGGGUCAGCUACCUCCUUCAGGAGAUCUACGGGAUUGAAAACAAGUACAACACGCAAGAAUCUAAGGUGGCUGAGGACGAGGUGAGCGACAACAGCGCUGAGUGCGUGGUGUGCCUCUCCGACGUGCGGGACACCCUGAUCCUGCCCUGUCGCCACCUCUGCUUGUGUAACAGCUGUGCCGACACCCUGCGCUACCAGGCCAACAACUGCCCCAUCUGCCGACUGCCCUUCCGGGCACUGCUCCAAAUCCGAGCCAUGAGGAAAAAACUGGGCCCCCUGUCCCCAACCAGCUUCAACCCUAUCCUCUCAUCCCAGACCUCCGACUCAGAAGAGCAUUCCUCCUCAGAGAACAUCCCGCCAGGUUAUGAGGUGGUGUCUCUCCUGGAGGCCCUCAACGGGCCCCUCACCCCGUCCCCAGCGGUCCCCCCGCUCCACGUGCUUGGAGACCGACACCUCCCAGGAAUGCUGCCUUCCUACGGCAGCGAUGGCCACCUGCCUCCCGUCCGCACCUUCUCCCCCCUCGACCGCCUCUCCGACUGUGGCAGCCAAGGACUCAAGCUCAAAAAGAGUCUCUCCAAGUCCAUCUCUCAGAAUUCUUCUGUGCUGCCCGAAGAGGACGAUGAGCGUUCCUGCAGUGAAUCUGAGACACAGCUGUCUCAGAGACCGUCAGGCCAGCGUCUCGGAGAGGAAUGCGGUGUCACCCCAGAAAGUGAGAACCUGACCCUGUCAUCGUCAGGAGCUAUUGACCAGUCGUCCUGCACGGGAACCCCGCUCUCCUCCACGAUUUCCUCCCCAGAAGACCCUGCCAGCAGCAGCCUGGCCCAGUCGGUCAUGUCCAUGGUGUCGUCCCAGAGCCAGCACUCCCAGAUCAGCACCGACACCGUCUCCUCCAUGUCCGGCUCCUACAUCGCCCCUGGCACGGAAGAGGAGGGGGAGGCCCUCCCCUCCCCCCGGGCUGCCAGCAGGACCCCCUCAGAUGAAGAAGAGGUGACGCCCGCGGCAUCUCCAGACUGCAACUUCAUGGGCCUCGCCGCCGAGGAGCAGGACGCAGAGGGGAACGAUGUUCUAGAAGAAGAGGACGCAUCGCCCACACAAGAAGAUGGCCAGAGGACAUGCGCAUUUCUAGGUAUGGAGUGUGACAAUAACAAUGACUUUGACAUCGCCAGCGAGAAAGCACUGGACAAUAAGCUGUGCUCUGAGGUCUGCUUACCUGGUGCCUGGCAGGCCGAUGACAACGUGGUGAGUCGUCGGAACACGCAGCGCCGGCGCUUGUCCUCCGGAAGCCUGGAGGACCCCGAGGACAGGCCCUGUGUGUGGGGGCCUCUGGCCGUCUGAGAACCCCCGCCUGUGUACCAGGGCCCUCCUCCUGUCCUCGCAUCCCUUCCUGGCCUCACUGCACUGCUGACCUGCUGGGCAUCCUCAGCAAGAUACGUGGAGACUCUUUAGACCCACAUGCAAGCUGGAUGCUUGAGGGCACCUGCUCCUUCUCCCAGCCUUCUUCCACAGUCGUGAUCCUUCCCCUCUCAGAAGGGACCAGAAGCCUCCUUGCUCCUUGAGGGCUAAAGCCACGGGAUGAACUGCAGCUUCUGAGACCCUCUGCAGAGACUUUUUGAAAAUGUUUCCACCGAAUCUUGGCCUUCAGGUGGAGCUGAGGCCCAUGGACCGGCUGUUUCUUGUGCAUCUUUUUUCUCCUUAGGCGGGUAGACCAAGAGGACUCGGCGUUUGCGUGACUUCAUUACAAACACCUAGCAUUUUCUGGUCUCUGGGACAUCAUGAACCAAUCUGAAACCUCCAGUUCGGGGUGGGGGUUUGGGGGAUGACUCCUGUGAAAAGGGAAAGCCAUAUUGCACUAUAAGUGGAGUUCCCCCUCAAAAAGUGUUAGGAGCUCCUUUCUCAAGGACAGGAAACAGUGGCAACCACUGGAAGGUUGGUUGGGAAAACAGUUCUUGCUUCUUUCUGGUGGCAGAGGCAGUGCCUCAUGUGUCUGUCUGCUUAGGAAGGAGGCUAAAUCUUGCUUGAAUCUGAGAAUCCCUUAGUUACAUGGCUCCCUUCCGGAGGGUUAUUUAUGAUCAGGUGCACUCAAGAAGGCCUGGGACUCCCUCCUACGGUGACACUGCAAAAACCAUUUGACCCCUUCUAUGUGCCAGGCACAUGUUAGGGGCAUAUGUUAGGGCACAUGUUAGGAGUGGUAUCACGUUUCAUCACUACCGCCCUGUCAAGUGGCCUUCUUAUCCCCACUGUAGCCAUCUCCACCCCCUUUUCUUAAAUAGUUGAAGAAACAGGUUGAGAGAGGGGGUGGACCGGUGAUUCUCAAUUGGUGCCCAGGAGCCCCAAAGGAAGUUGGGGAAAGGGCUGAGCUGGGGCCAGGGGUUGUCCAGGGGGCUCCCCUCCCCACCCGUUGUCCUCCCCUGCCUCUGCCCCCAGAUCUGCUGAGCCUGAUGGGGGAGGGGGAGGUACUACCUUCCAUAGGCUCAUUAGAGAUGUAGAGGUAUUGUUCAAAUCAUGUGUCCACCCCACCCCACCCCAGUCCUGUGUAGGACAUAUAUAACUGACACCCUGAAACAGCAAGGCCAGACCGUAAGCUGUUGACCGUUCGUGUCUCAACACUGGUGUUAUCACUGGAUUCCUCCCGGCUCCCAGAUAGGUGUGUUGUCUGCCGGCUUUUGGAAGAGGUCGUUGUUUAGUGGAGUCUGAGACUGGGAAGCAAAGCUGGUUCCAACAGUUUGCAAGGCAGAUACGUGAUUGACAGAGCCCUAGGAUACGUCCACCACAAUGACCUGAAUUAAUAGUUGGUAUUGUGACCCUUGAAGAGCUUUUCAGGUCCUUCCCAAGGCCUCGAAGCAAGCCCAGUGCCCAGGGGACCUUUCGAACCUUCCGUGUAGUUUCUUUGCGCUGCCAGGCAGGUGGUGACCCGCACACUGCUUGGUGGCUGUGGUUUACAUCUUGCUCUGGGGGUGGGGAGGCCUGUAGUCCCAACAGACACUACACAAGCCAAGCCUGAAUCUCUGCCUCUGUCUUGAGUUUCCUGCAUCCACCUUCUCUGAAAUCCUGCAGCGGACUCUGCCGUUUCAGGCCCCACUUCAUGUCUUUUCUCUCCCCGAAACAUUCGUAUGGCCCCUAUCAUAUUUAAGAUUUGAGCAAUAACCCCAUUUCCUGAUUUCCCUGAGGUUUGAGCCCCAGAAACGUUAGGGAAUGGGGACCUCCCUGAGCCUGGGGUGGCGGCAUUCAGACCCACCUGCUCUCCCGGCAGGUAGUAUUCACAGUGUGCUGUUACUUGAGAUGAAGGCGCGGCAAGUAAACAGGAGCCACAGCGGCCAGGAACCCUAAGAGGAAGCCAUUGUCUUCACCCCUUCUGGAGGGUCUGCCUUCUCCUGGAAGAGGCUCAGAGAGAUUCCUCAAGGCCUUGGCUCCAUAACCAAGACUGACCUGGGUGAGAAAUGGCUCUUCAUGCCUGUUUCUCAAGACAGUUCCUGCUCUCUCCCCAAGCCCCUCACCUCUCUGCUCUCAUUUAGCUCUUUGGCAAGUAGAACUUUCAAUAGUGGCCCAGUGGUUAAGACUCUGCACUUCCACUGCAGGGGGUGCAGGUUUGAUCCUUGGUCUGGGAACUAAGACCCUGCAUGUCACAUGGUCUGACCAAAGAGGGGGGCAAAAAAAAUUUCCUAGAAAUAGCCCAUCCAGAGAGGCUGGUCUUCAGCCUGGUCAGGGAACAGGGCAGAUGCCCCAGCCAUCAUCUGGAGACCAUCAUGUUGUAAGCAGGUGACCCAGAGAACCUGUGACAGGGCCUGGCUUCUCCCACGAAGGCACAGACUCCCGAGUUUGGGGCUCCUUCCUGCCAUGCUCAGGUCUGAACUCACCUGUGAGCUCACUUCUGAGUGGUGCCAUGACCCUGGCCUCCUAGAGCCCUUUUUCCUUCUCCUACCCAGGCCCACCCCACCCCCCCAGAGGUCAUGCCCACGCUGGGGCAUCGCCUGGGCACAGAUCCACACACUGUAAGCCAUCUCACCUGGGAAGAGUUCGUGUCCUGUCCACCUGAUCUCGGCAUGCUGGUUGCUCACUUUGCUUUAGGGUCUGCACACCUAGUACUCGGGAGUCUGUGUGUCCUGUCCUGCCAUCUGUGUACCCCUCACUCCCCGGAGUACACUUGUGGGCACACUACAGUGGGGACGUCAAGGAUGCAACAUUUAUGGAUUGCUGCAUGAUUCUUAAAAAUGAAUAAAACUGUUGACAAGGGAA